UGACAUAAAAAAUUUUUGGCAUUUUCAUUAACUUUUGUUAUUUAUGAAUUUGUCUGGAAGUCUAGAACAUGCGUAGCGAGACAGAAAAUCAUUAAGUUCGCUCAUGCUCAGUCCGUACGAUCUCAGAGAUGCUGCGUGAAAGUGCUCCUGCCAAAACAAUUCUCAAUGUCCUAUAGAUUACUUACAAACACAACAAUGCGUUCAUAAAGUUAUUAGAAACAAGUGUUACAAAUUUCAGUAUUUUCCUUCUUCCCACAUGUUGCAUUAUGUUAUUUUCCGUGAAACGUGUUCGAGCCAAAGUGAAGUCGAAAGCUUUCUACUGCUUGAGAUGCAGCGCGAAAACCGCCGCCUUCUUAUUUUGGGCGACUCUCUACAUGAUUGUAAUGAGACUGACUGUGUUCAAAAGUGGAGAAAGCAAACAAGCGAAGGACUGGUCUAUUAUACCUGACAAUUACACUAAGUGGCUGAUGCAAGGCCCAGUUUUAGGUGAUGAUAGCCCGGCCGAAACAGCAAACAAUUUAUUAGAACCUGACAACGUGACGAUAUCCGAGUUAGAGACGCGAGCCGCCAGAGUCCAGGAUGUCUGUCGAAGCCGGUCUCUCGACUCGCAGACGAUCAACAACAAAGAGUUCUUCGUGGAUCACGCACACAACCUGGUGUGGUGCAACAUUUUCAAAGCUGCGAGCUCUUCGUGGUUAUACAAUUUCAAUAUUUUAGGUGGUUACGACAAAAAGUUUCUGGCACGAACCCAACAGACGCCUUUAACGUUAGCACGGAAGAAAUUCCCUCGGCCCAGUGAAGAAGAGCUGAGAGAUACUAUUACUACACCUGGGGUUAUAUCUCUUUUAGUCGUACGAGAGCCAUUCGUCAGACUACUAUCAGCUUAUCGCGACAAAUUGGAAUACAUCUCGCCGCCAUUUUAUAGAAAACUCGCUAAAGGUAUCGUAGCAGAGCAAAGAGAGGAAGCGGUUAAAGUUUUGGGACCAAUCAAGAGUAUUGGGCCAACAUUUUACGAGUUCGUAGCAUACUUGAUAGCAAAGCAUAAGGCGGAAGGCCCUAACAUGGUCUACGACGAACAUUGGGCGCCGUAUUACCAAUUUUGUUCACCGUGUGCAGUCAAUUUUACGGUAAUAGCUAAAGUUGAGACUCUGUCCAGAGAUUCAUCGUACGUGAUACAGCAAUUGGGACUAGGUCAAGUCUUGGAUAGGAGAGCGAACAAUCGCAGGACGAGACUUCGCAUUAUAAUGAACAAAUCACGAGAUGGCAAGAACACUUCGGCCCUGCUCAGACAUUACUUUGGACAACUAGACGAUAAUAUGCUUAAUGACUUGUUACGUAUAUACGGCAUUGAUUUCGAAAUGUUUGGAUAUGAAACAAAUUUGUAUAAACGUUAUGUAAGGCAUAAAAAUCUUUAAAUUUCUAUAUAUGGCACCCAAAGAACCUUUUGUUUAACCUAACUUAAAUUAUAGAA